AUGGCCUGGCGUACGGCGAUCGAUGGCAGCCAGGACGUGUCGCUGGCUCUGCGGGUGAUGCAGAGGCGCAACCCUAAACUCCGCACCGACGAGUGGAAGGUGGUCGACACCGUGAUGUCGGAGCUGAACACCAGGCGCAUCGUUCUGAUGGACCAGGUGUCAGCUGACGUCAUCAGGGAGGCCGGCUACGUUCUUCACUCGGGGCUCGACACCAGCCACUUCAAGCUCCUGGAGACGGGGAAGGAGCGCUGCGGGCGCCGCGGGGGCGGCGACGGGGAGGCCCCGGAGCGGGACGCGCCGCCUGGCGCUCCUGCGGAGGUGGCUCGGGACCGGUCAGAGGCGGGGGAAGUGGUGCUAGUCGGGGAGAGUUUCGCCGGGCUGCGCUGGACCCGAGAGUCGUCACCGAUCCUAUCGGUGGCGGGCUCGGAGGACCUGCGCGGUCUGGAGGAACUCUACCUGGAGGGCACCACUUCGCCCAUGUCCUGCGACAACACGGUCCAGGAGGCGGCCGCUGAUCUCAGCACCGCCAAACACUAACCGCCGUAAUGGAGGGGCUAAGGGAUCUGACCACGGUCAAGAUCCUGAAUAAAGGGGGG